UUCACUUCGGCACCCCGAGGGCGCCCCCCGGCGCGGUAGCCCGUGACCCGCCGACUCUCUCGUCGUCCCCACCUCAUCCUCCUCCUGCUACCACCUCGUCACCAGCCGUCCGCGAUGUCCGCCCGCCGCGGCGGCAGUGCUGUGGCGUUGACCGCAGCGAGAGCGUUGCUUUGGGCCGGCGCGCCCGGUAGGCCGCGGCGCAGCUCCCGUCUGGCCUGGUCGCCCCGCGGACUCGGAGGUGUCGCGGCCGGCGUGGCGAGAGGCGAGCCGGGGUCGGGACUGGAGUCAGAACCAAGACCGCGGUGUGGGUGCGAACCGUGGUCUGGAACCCGUGGAAAGAGCUCUACAUCGGGGUCGAGGCUUCUGGGGUUGACGCCGGGACCCGAGUGUUUGGAGUCGGACUUGAGACCCCGGGCCAGCGGCGGAGCCAGGACGGGUUCGGCCCUGCUGGGGUCUGGACUGCGUUUGGGGGCCCUGGGGCCCCGGGCACUCGGGAUCGGAGGGGCCUCCCCGGCACGGGCAGGGAGACCGGGCGGGCCGAGCGUCGUCGGAGGCGCGGCGACGGCGGCGUUGUCGCUCAGCAGCGCGGCAGGCGGAGGGGUGAACGUGUUCGACCGGCGCAUGAAGCGGAGGCAGCGGAGCUGGGCAGCGUCUCGACCGAACGCGGAGAGCUACGACUACCUGCGGCAGGCGGUGGCGGAACAGAUUGUCGACCGACUGUUCGACGUUUCAAGGAUGUUCCCCAUGGCCCUGGAUGUGGGUGCUGGGCGUGGAUACAUUGCUCAGCACCUCAAUAAGGAGACCGUGGAGCUGAUGAUCCAGACGGACACGACGCACGAUGCCCUGAGGCGUCCCCUGGCCACAGAGGUGGAGACUCGCUGCGUUGUGGCAGACGAAGAGUUCCUGCCGUUUCCGACGGACACAUUCAACUUGGCGUUGAGCAGCCUGAGCCUCCACUGGGUCAACGACCUGCCCGCUGCGUUCCAUCAGAUCCACAGGGUGCUGAAGCCCGACGGCGUCUUUGUCGGGGCUAUGCUGGGCGGGGAGAGCCUCUUCGAGUUGCGGGGGGCCCUGCAGCUGGCCGAGAUGGAGCGCGAGGGGGGCUUCUCGCCGCACGUGUCGCCCUUCACCACGGCGGCCGACCUGGGUGGGCUGAUGACGCGCGCCGGCUUCACCAUGCUCACCGUGGAUAUGGACGAGAUUGUGGUUCGUUAUCCGACGAUGUUCGAACUCAUGGCCGACUUGCAGGGGAUGGGCGAGAGUAACUGCACGUGGAACCGGAAGGCGAUGCUGCACCGGGACACGAUGGUCGCGGCUGCUGCCAUCUACAAGGAGAUGUACGGGCCAACGGAAGACUCCAUCCCGGCCACGUUCCAGGUGCUGCACAUGAUCGGCUGGAAACCGCACGAGUCACAGGCCAAGCCGGCCAAGAGGGGCUCGCAGACUCGAUCCUUUGGCGAUCUGGGCCGCUUGGAGCCGAAGACGAAGUGAACUCUGCCCUGCCCCCUCAUGUGCACAGACUCGCACACGACACGGAUCCGGGUUCUCAAGGCCAAGCGAGUUGAUGGUUUCAUCUCGGUCAUCGAUGUACUGAACAAACAAAACUCCCGUGUAUCGUUUUGGAUUUUUACUUAAUCCUGGCCCGCCAGCGGAGGUCUUACAUUACAAAUGUGUCGAAUCAACGACGUUGGGGAAAACCACUAUCCACUAACGAGACCGAGACGUCGUCAAAUGAACUGUUAAUCACAAAUCACAUUGUUGAGCAGAGAGCCUGGCUUCAAAAUACAGUGCACAACUUCCACAAAUAAUAGGGAGAUUUGUUUUUUGUCUUGUGAAGGUCUCCCCAAGUUAACUAUUGCUCGUCACUAAGUCUGCUCCAGUGGUGUGCAGUGACACGGGAGUUGAAAGGUGAAGGAUGCAAGAGAUCGCAACACUUUAUUAAAACACGCGGGUAUCCACGUUUACAAAGCAAGCUCUUCACUUCCAAGUCACAAACUCGUGGACUCGCACACCGAUGUAUUGCCAGGCAACUUGGCUUUGAUAUUUGCGUCCGUCGACGAGAUGUUGCCAAGUUGCCGGUUGCUCGACACUCGAUUCCGUGGUGAACGUUCGGAUUGACUUAAUGCAAUCAAGGCGGCUCAACUCAACCGUCCCAUGGGGAUUGAAAUUCACCUUCUGCUGCUGCCGUAAUUACCGGGGUUGACGAGGGACAUGACCCCUGCCGGGGACGCACGUGUUUAGAAGUCGUCCGGUUGAGAUGCAGCGACUCGCACGAGUGAGUUGCCCAAGUGGCAUCGUCACCCCCUGCUAGCGCUCAUGGACAAGAAUUUGCGUGCGUCUUUAAAAAUGUGACAAUUGCAUUUUUACCUAAACACUUUUGAAUUUGUGUUUGCCUGCAUGUGUUUUAAAUAAUGUGUUUAUUUAUACA